AUGUGGACGAGCUGGUUUGGCGCAGAUUAUAUUCACAAAGUGAGUAUGUCCAGAAGGAAACUCGGCAGUGAUAGACAAUUUAACAACGUGGAUUACACACAGCUUACAGAAACUGAUAAUGGCUUUGUUGAUUCCCAGUUUGUUAAUCCACCUGUAAAAAUACCAUGGAAGGCCAUAACAUUAGCAGCUCUUCUUUUUGUUGGAGGUACCAUUAUGCUUAUCAUGGGUAGCCUAAUUGUGAGUGGACAUAUUGAUUCAAAGUAUUCAGAUCGUAUGUGGCCAGUAAUAAUUUUAGGAAUUCUAAUGUUUAUACCAGGGGCUUAUCAUAUGAGAGUAGCUAUUUUAGCAUAUCAAAAGGUGCCAGGUUACUCGUUUGAUGACAUACCAGAGUUUGAUUAAUCAAACAACCUUUUAUAAAAUAGUAGUUAAAAAUUUCAAAUUUUUAUU